CACCCAUCACUAAUAUAAGCCGACCGCUCGUGCACGUGUUGCAUUUCAGGUCCAAGCAGUCGAGCUAUGGCGUUGGCAGGAGCCCUUCAAGGAUUCGGGAUUCUGAUGCUGAUUCUUUACAAUGGAAGCCUUGCAGAAGCUUCUAAAAAACUGGUCGUACCUUUCCCGCCGGCGCAGCCUACGUCCGAGAACCUGGCUGCCAUUUGCCAUCAAGGUCAAGGCCGUCCCAGGUAUCCAGACAGCAUCUUCCCGAGGUCCGGGAACAGCAACCUCCGGCGCCGCGGGAAGGCUAUCAACCGCCUGGAGCAGUGGUUCACUUCGUGCUGCCUUGAAGGGGGAGAGGAUCCCAACGCAACCAUCCUCUGCUGUACCCGACAAGCUUGGAAACAGGCCCUGUCCAAGUUCUGUAUCGAAGAGUUCAGCAUUAUGACUGCCACCUACGAGUGCUGCAAGAAGCAAGGAGAUGAACGUUGGGCUUGUUUUGACAGUGAGGUGCCUAACCCAGACUACAGCGCAACACCAGACUACACCGCACCCACAAUACCUGAGGAGCCUGGGUUCACGUUUGGUGAAAAUUCUUGCUAAAAAGCAACAAAUAAAUGCUUUUAGACAUAAGUCAAUGAAAUGUGUAUGACAUGAUGCCCUUGAACUGUUGCUGUUUGCAUACAUAUUUUGUUGAUGUAUCCAUAGAUAUGUCCAUAGGAGGUCACUGUUUGUGUUAAAAGUUUGGGGUGGGACACAAAAAAAAAGUUGUGUUAACUUGAAUGAAACAUGUCCCUAAAAAGCACAAUAAACUGUUCAAAAAGCAA